UUAUUUCAUAAUGCUUCCGCUAGGAGAAAUGAAACUUGUCUAUAGUGUUUAACUUUCCGUUCUAUGACUUCCUUUUUCUAUGACCACCACGAAUUAAGUUGUCUGCUCUUCAGCGCGAUCUAAGAAGUGUUUGAUUUGUUUUGAAAAUGAUUCUGAAUUCUGUUAAGUCGUUAUGUCGGCGCUCGUUUUCCACCUCAAGACUACUGGGUGUGCAGCAGAUGACAGUAAGAGAUGCCCUGAAUUCGGCACUGGAUGAAGAGAUGGAGAGAGAUGAACGCGUGUUUCUGAUGGGGGAGGAAGUUGCGAUGUACGAUGGUGCGUACAAAGUGUCGCGUGGCUUGUGGAAGAAAUAUGGAGACAAGCGUGUAAUCGAUACACCUAUUACGGAAAUGGGGUUUGCUGGAAUAGCUGUUGGCUCAGCAAUGGCAGGACUGCAUCCUGUGUGUGAAUUUAUGACCUUCAAUUUUGCCAUGCAAGCCAUUGAUCAAAUUAUUAACUCUGCAGCCAAGACUUACUACAUGUCUGCAGGAAAGGUCAAUGUUCCGAUAGUAUUCCGUGGCCCGAACGGUGCUGCAUCGGGGGUGGCUGCUCAACACUCGCAGUGUUUUGGAGCAUGGUACGCCCACUGUCCUGGUCUUAAGGUGAUAUCACCGUACUCUUCUGAAGACCACAAAGGAUUGUUAAAGGCUGCCAUUAGGGAUCCGGACCCUGUAGUUUUUCUGGAGAACGAAAUACUGUACGGUGCACAGUACAGCAUGUCAGAUCAAGCCCUCGAAAAGGAUUUUGUUUUGCCGAUUGGGAAAGCAAAGGUAGAAAAAGCAGGAACUCACGUGACACUUGUCUCACAUUCGCGUGGUGUGGAGCUGUGCUUAGAGGCUGCGAAACAACUGUCUUCUGUGGGUGUUGAAGCAGAAGUCAUCAAUCUUCGAUCACUGCGUCCUCUUGAUGAAGAAACCAUCAUUAAAUCAAUUGCAAAAACAAACCAUCUCGUCACAGUUGAACAGGGAUGGCCUUCCUGUGGUGUAGGUGCAGAAAUUUGUGCCAGAAUUGCAGAAAGUGAAGCAUUAUUUCACCUGGAUGCACCUGUCUGCCGUGUUGUAGGAGUGGAUGUUCCAAUGCCAUAUACCAAGAGCCUCGAAGUAUUGGCCCUGCCUCAGCCCAGUAACAUUGUCGAGGCAGUAAAUACAGUGCUGGCUGUGAAGUGAUCAACACUUUUUGAAUAGACAUCAAAAAUUAUUUUUUUUACAUAGAUAGGACAAAUAUUUUAUGUUGCAGUUAUCGUUUUUGACUUUUUAUGUAUCCACAGCAUCUCUUUUUGAGGAUAGAAAUGAUUUGUUUGAUGGAUUAUUUAGUCAUACAUUUUUAAUUUAUGAAAAUAAUAUAUGAAGGGCUAUACGUAAGUGGCUACUAAGAUACAAGAGCUUGUCAAUACCAAUUUGUAGUCUAUAUAUUGAUUUUCCUUUGUGGAGAACCAACAAUUUUAUUCAAUUUGAGGAAUACUUGAGCAAAAUUGUAGAAAUUGUCUUGCAGCUUUGGUGUAAAGCUGCAGUAGGGUAGCUGUUGCCUAUUAAAUGUUUAUAUAACUCGUACACACACACACAAUCAUUUGUCUGCAAAUCAGAGCACAUGGAGUAUCUGCGUGUUACCAAACAAACCGCAGCUGCAUCUUGGGUCAUUAAUUAAGAAUGUCAUUGUUCUGCCUGGCUGUAUGAGCUUCACAGAUCUGAAAAUUCAGCUGUAAACUUUAUUUUUUUUACUUUGAUAAAUAGUAGGUGGACAAUUUUAUUUUGCUUAGUGAAACUAAAACUGAGAGAUAUGCCACAGGUUUGACUCACGUCACCUUUGUCAAGGCAACACAAAAAUACUUACAGCCAAAAAAAUGGAAAGGUUAUUUGUUAGGUGGAGUGUCACAUUCAUGAAGCAAAGGACAGUUUGUACCUAGCAUCUAUUGGUUUGUAACCCAAUAUAAUCUUGGUGAUCGUAGCAGUUUGUGUCCACCAGCUAAGGAUUUGGUUGUGGAGUCAUUGCUAUAUGGAUGAAGAUAAACUAUUAAGUGAUUCUGGAGAGGCAUUCAAGGUGUCUGUGACCAUCUGGGUCAUCACCAACCCUAAGAAUAAGGCUGGAAAUUUCCAAGUUAAGUCUGGAAAAAAAACUUGUUUUUUUGAUAGCUGUUGGUAGUCACAUAUUUUUAUUUUUCUCCCAUCGAAAUAAUUUCAAGUGCAGCAGAACUGUGAUUAGCCAGGGAAAUUGGGGGGGGGGGGGG